ACGGGGAUAGCGUGGCAUAGGCAUAUACACCAAAGAAGUGGAACUGAGCAGAAUCAAGAAGAGAAGAAUGGCAUUGGCAUUGGGUAACAUUGUUGCUCUUCCUCUCUCAAACUUGAAACCUUCUCUAAAGUUAUCUUCUUCUUCAUCCUCUUGUUGUAUCACCAAACUCUUCCCCAUUUCCCGCAUCAAUGUCUCUCCCACCUCGGUAUUAGUUCGAGCCUCUUCCUCAUCCUCUUUCGGGUCUCGCCUCGAAGACACCAUCAAGAAGACCGUAGCUGAGAACCCAGUCGUCGUUUAUUCCAAAACCUGGUGCACCUAUUCUUCCGAGGUCAAAAUCCUCUUCAAAAAACUCGGCGUCGACCCUCUCGUAUUCGAAUUAGACGAAAUGGGUCCUCAAGGGCCACAGUUGCAGAAGGUAUUGGAAAGGAUCACAGGGCAACACACUGUGCCAAAUGUAUUUAUUGGUGGCAAACACAUUGGCGGCUGUACAGAUACACUGAAGCUGUACCGGAAAGGAGAACUAGAACCUUUGCUAUCAGAAGCGAAUGCUAAAAAAACUGAGAGCUAAGCUGUUGACUGGCAUUCUAAAGGGAACCUGAUCCCCUUACCAAUUUGUUACUUUGUAGGUCAAUGCAGUUCUCUCAAUGUUAUUGUUAUUCACAAAUGCUGGUUGAAAGAAACCAGAGCGCACUGAUAACUUCAAACAUUGGCGUUUAGUCAGGAACUUAUGGUUACAAAUAUGCAGUUGAAUGGUUUACAGAACUAAAGUUGCAACUUAGGAUUGUACCUGGAAUAAUUGUAUUUUAUGUAUUUCUAUUUUUCUUCUUAGUUGGGUAAUGAUUCUACUUGGCCAUUUGCUUUAGAUGCAUUGGCACCAUUGUCAUGCUCAAGCCAAAGUACAAUUAAUUCAUAAUACAAUAAGGCACAAUCUAAAUCAUUCUUCGAAGUUCAUAUGUUGUA